AGGGCGUCGCGCGCAGGGCCGCGCCACCGCCCUCGCCGCCCUCCGGUGACGCCUCCCCGCCGCGGGCGCGCCGAGGCCCGAUGGGCGCCCCCACCGCCGACGGUUGCCAGAGGCGCGGUCGCCGGCGUCCACGGGGGAGUCCUGCGCCAGCAGCCGCAGGAGGCCCGCCCUCGCGCUCCCGCCUCGUCUCGCCCCUCGACGUCUCCAAGGGCACAUUCGCGUACAUCCAGGGCGAGAUGAUCGGGCGCGGGGCGUACGGAUGCGUCUACAAGGCUUUGGACAGCGAGACGGGCCAGAUCUUCGUCGUCAAGGAGGUGGCGCUCGACAUGGGCAGCAAGGAGGACAACGGCUACCGGGAACGCCUCAUGGACGAGUUGGAGAUUUGCCAGAACGUCAGCCAUAAGAACGUGGUCAGCUACUUGGGGCACGAGCACGACGACAGCCACGUCCGCAUCUUCCUGGAGUACGUCGCGGGCGGCCCCAUGACCUCGGUCCUGCGCGAGUUCGGGCCCCUGCGGGGGACGCUGAUGAAGAUGGCCGCGCGGGGCACGCUGGAAGGGCUCAACUACCUCCACUCGCGCUCGCCGCCGAUCGUGCACCGCGACAUCAAGGGCGCGAACGUGCUCGUGGACCUCAGCUUCUGCGUGAGGCUCGCGGACUUCGGCUGCUCCAAGCGGGACGAGAUGACGAUGUCGUACACCAUGUUGGGGUCCAUCCCCUGGAUGGCGCCAGAGGUCAUCCAGCGGGAGGGUGGGCACGGCCGGAAGGCGGACAUCUGGAGCCUGGGCUGCACGCUCAUCGAGUUCGCCUCGGCGGAGCGGCCGUGGGGCAACAGGAGACAAGUUUGACAACAACCCCGUGUUCGCCAUGUGGCACAUAGGUGCCUCCGACGCGACGCCGCCGAUCCCCGACUCGGCCGCUGAUGACGAGCGCGAGCUGAUCAGCCGAUGCGUGCAGCGUUCGCCGGACGACCGCCCGUGGACGGAGGAGUUGCUCCAGAUGAGCUUCGUGGCGUGAGACCCGCAGCAGGAGUCUUUGCACCUCGAAAAACAACAUUCGAGGCAGCGCAUGGCUCCCUCGUCCCUGCCGCCCCUCCUCUUUGCUCGGCCCCCCCCUCCUAGCGCCUAGCGUUGUCCCUCACUCGGGGAGCCCGCGAUCUGCUGGUCGCGACCGCGCUGCGCUCACACACUGCGCCGCGCGCGGCCGUUUGCGUCGCGCCCUCGCUGGGGCGCGCACCACGCGCGCGUUCCGGCCGCCGUUUUCUUUGCGCAGUGUAUGUUUGUGCAGUGCUUUGUUCCUCCACGGGAGGAGCAGAUCGGCACGAGCGUCAGGGUUUCGGGCGGGGUCCGCGUGGUUUUUCUCGGAACGGGGCCAUAUCCCCCUCCCUGGCACGCGGAUCGCGCCAGGGCGGCGCCAGAGGCGCGUCUGGGGGGUCAGCGCCAAUCCAAGAAAUCGGCGCGGACCUCCUUAAAGCCUGUGCUUAUGCUGGUUGUGUGGUCCCGCUCGUCUAUUUCUUUAGGAGCUCCAAAGAGUGCUCCUCUCUGCACACGCCAGGUCAAUUGGCCGCGCUAGAAGCUCGGCCGCGCAAUCAGGGUUGGCGGGCGGUCCAGCAGUUCAAGGAUGCUCUCGAGAGGAGAGACUGGGAUGGGGAGGGAUGAGACGGUGAACCGUGCUGGUUCGAGCAGCUUCACCUGUUCAGGCCGCAACACUGUGUGGCUUUUGACCCAGAGAGAGACCUGUGGGAGCAGAGUUCCCAUUGCAUCCUGCACUAGCCAGGAUCCCGUGGAACGUUGCUCAAAGAGCACUGCCUGUAGUAGGUUGGGUGAGUGCAUUUAUGUCCACCGCCAGGAUACAUCGAUUGUUCCUGGCGGGGCAGACUACCUCCAUCGAGUAACCAAGAACGGCAUGAACGUAGGCUUUCGAAGCUGCGCGCGGAUCUCUUGGAUCGGCUCUGGGACGCCCAUGCCAGCGCCUCCAGCGCCGCACCGGGCGCGCUCCGCGCGCCAGGGAGGUGGGCCCAGCGCGGAUCCAAGAAAUCCGCGAGGACUUCCGAGAAGUUGUGUUUACGUCGUUCUUUGUUCCUCCACUCCACUCCUGCUUUUCGCUUCCCUCUUCUUCCUCUCGGA